AAGUGGAAAACAACGAAAAAGGGGGAGAGGGUGGGGGGGCCCUUGGGGCGUGGGGGGCCCCAGGGGCCCCAAAGGGGGGCCCCCCGGGGGCCCCCUUCGGGGCCCCCGGAGGGCCCCCCGGGCGCGGGAAACGCAAAGGGGUACUGGACCCGAAGUCCAGCCAAAAUGUAGAAAUCUGCCUCAAGAGAUAUAAGCUAGCUAGCCAAGAAGACUUCGAACAGCUGGCUGAGCAGCUGCUGCAGGGGGGGCAGCUAGCCAUAGAAGGGCCGCUAGCUGAAAGCCUGGUGCUGUACUGGCCCGAAGCAGAAGCAGCAGCAGCUUUCAGCAGCAAAACUGCAGCAGAAGCAGCAGCAAUGCCAGCAGCAGACCAGCUCUACUUCUGGCUCCUCAAAAAGGUUCCUCUUUGCUGCGACAGACUCAAAUUCCACAUCGACCGUUUGUGCGUGGAGGAGGAGCUGGCGGCGAAGGCUGCUGCGCUGGGAGUGUAUUUCGGGGCUGUUGCUGCUCUUGCUGCAGUGGUGGUGAGCAGCAGCUUCCGGGCUUUGCUGCAGGCUGUGCUGCGGCUCGGAAAUGCUGUUAAUCGGGGAAAGAAAGAAGCUUUGGGUUUCAAGUUCAAGGACUUUGCAGAUCAGCUUGCUGCUUGCACCAGCCGCGACCGCUCCACCAACCUCUUCAGGCAAAUCUGCACCCUUUUUCCCCCUUUUUUCAAACUUUUCCACUUCGGAGGCCCCACACUUCUGCAACUUCUCGUCGAAACUGUUUGCGAACAAAACGAAUUCGCCAUCGAAGAACUUCGAGGGCUUCAACUUGUAGACGCAGCCAAAGGGAUGGAGGUGGCGGAACUGGCGAAUUUGUCUUCAAUAGAAUCUCGUCUUUCUUUUUGGAAGAAAAACAUAAAUGCAAAAAAGGACCUUUUAGGAGCUGCUGCAGAAGCCAUGCUCAAAUGGGUCGAGGACACGGAGGGCGUGGUGGCUGGUCUGCGGGAGGAAAUAGCAGCAAAUGAACAGCAGCAAGAGCAGCUGCGGCUGCUGCUGGGCCUCAGCAAAACUGACUGCGUGUGGCCGCAGCCUUUAAAGUGGUUUGGCAAAUUCUACACUCUUUUCGAGCAGACUGCCAAGGAACUGAAGGAAGCCAAGGAGAAAGAGGCUGCAAAGCGAGAGAGAGAGCUGAAGAAGCAGCAGCAAGCAGCAACUUCACCUGCUACUGCUGCUGCUGCUGCUCGCAGGACAGGGACCCUCAAGACCCUUCCCACAAGAGCAGCAGCAGAUGCUCUUGCUAUUCCUGGGGGCCCCACACAGCCUGCUGCUGCUGCUACCCCUGCUGCUGCUGCUGCUGCUGCUGGGGGCUCCAAGGCGCCUCCCGUGGUGUCUAGGGGCAGCUCUGCCGCACUGUCGCCUGCACCAGCAGCAGCAGCAGGAGAUGAAGCAGCAGCAGCAGCAGCAGCAGCACCUACAGUUCCCGCAGUGGCAGCAGCUGGAGACACACCGCCACCUACGCCGUCCUCAACCCCAACAUCAACGCCAGCGUCAACACCAGCAGCAGCUGCUGCAGCAGCAGCUGCUGCUGCUUCUGCUCCAGACUUAUCCUCUCCAUCUGUGAGCGACACAUCCACCAUGUCGCCGCUUCCCUCAGCAGCAAAUCUGUAUGAGAUGCAGCAGCAAGUCUGCAGCAGCAGUGAGGUCUCAGAGGACCCCACGGGGCCCAAGGCGUCCCAUAUGCCCCAGCAGCAGCAGCACCAGCUGCAGCAGCAGCAAGACCAGCAGCAGCAGCAACAAGAGCAGCAGCAGCAACAACAGCAGCAGCAACAACAGGAGCAGCAGCAACAACAACAGCAGCAGCAGCAGCAGCAGCAGCGGCCGCCCGCAACGUUGGCGUGGCUGUUUGCGAGAACCCCAGGCCGUCGGCCUCAUGGGCUUUUGCCGCUGCAGGGCUUAAGACCUGCUGCUGCUCCUGCUGCUGCUCCUGCUGCUGUUGCUGCUACUGGACCAGCGGCAGCAGCAACCACCCCGCGGCGGGCCGAGCCGGACCAAGAGCAGCAGCAACACUAG